AUACACAAGCACACUCAAAUACGUAGAUAUGGACAUAUAGAUACACAAACGCACACAUGAAUAUAUAGAUGUAUAUGUUCAUGAGCGCAAGCGUGUGGUGUGUGUGUGUAGAUCUGUGCAUGAUUACUUAACGUGUACCAAAACCCUCACAUACACAGACUAUCAUUGGCACACAUGCAUGUGGGCAAUAGAUAGGUGGAUAAGCACCCCCCAAACACACACACACACAUUGUACAAAUAUAAAAUAAACUUUGCUUGCGAGUUCAGAGCGGUUCUCAUUGAAUUGGUUGCAAUCCACCUCUUUUGUUCUCAUUUCUGAACUCUUCCUUAUUUUCUUGAUUUGCCUAUUUUUUCAGUAUUUGCCGACACGACCAUUAUCGACGUCUGGUUAUUGUCAGUUACUCACAGUAGGGGUAAAACACCAAAGAGAUCUAGCUCUCAUAUCUACGUUGAAGGAAAAGUAACACAAUUUCCAUACGCCCCUCUCUGAUACUGUCACAUAUAACAAUUUUAAGCAUUACCAAAAUACCACCAUGUCCAAUGAUUAUUCUUCUAAAAUAACCGCCACCACUUCUCUUCUCUAAUCACCUCAUUUCAUCUUCUAUGAAACCAUUCGUCACCAGGUCUAAGCUAUGUUAACAUUAAUGCAGAGAAGAUUCAAUACAUGCGACUCAUGACUCAAGUUUUUGUAUUGAAAACUCAAUUUACGCAUAUAAAGAUUCACUGGAGAUAUACAGUUUAUGCCAUUCAAGACAAGUUUUGCUGUAAAAAAUAUAAAAGAAAAGAACUAUAUUACAUCGGCGAAGGUUCAAUUUACGAACUUUCAGACUCGAUUUACGUAGGUAAGAAUUCAAUAUUACAUCCUAGAGACUCAAUUCAUACAGGUAAAGAUUCAAUUUAUGCGCCUCAAUACUUAAUCUGCGUCUUCUGAAACGCAAUUUGUGAUGUUAAAGACACGAUUUACACCGCUUAUAUUAUAAAUCCUAAUUAGAACAGAGUCGGGUUUAUGUUAAGAGGAGGAAAUGUGAUCAUCGGAUAAUUGAGCUUAAUUGGAAGAAAAAUUGGAAGAAAAUAAUAAAUUGAACAGUUUCAGUAGCAACUGGGACAAAUCUUUAACAGCAACAAAGUCAGGGAAGAUCUUCUCUACACUUUCAGAAAGAAGAGAUACUUUUUUUUUUCUGUUUUGUAUCUUUGAUAGUGUCCAGCAAUCAACAUUAAUUAAACAUCACCCACCACCACCAGCGCCUCUAUCACAACAUCCUCAUUACUGCCGUCGCCGCCACCAUCACGAAGGAAAAAUGGAAGGUAUUGAAUUGUCUUCAUAUAACACGUCACCAAUGACUACAAUAGGAAUACUGGGGACUGGAGAUUAUGGACGUGCUCUUGCCAAAAGAAUGCUACGUUGUGGAUUAAAAGUGGUUUUUGGAAGUCGGGAUCCGGCAAAUAGGAAUCUGGAAGCCAUUGAUGAAGAACUUGGAGAAGCAAAAUUAUCGACUGUUAACGAUGUCCUGUCAAAUGAAAAUAUUGAAAUUAUCAUUCUUGCUGUUCACCAUUGGAACAUUGAAUCUUGUUUAGAGAAUUUCAACGCUGAAUCAUCCCAAAAAAUUUUCAUCGACAUAUCGAACAAUGAAGAAAUUGUUAAAGAUGAAUCCAUUGCGGAAUCACUUGUCGCUAAGUUCCCAGGUAUGCGUGUUGUAAAAGCUUUCAACACUUUAUCUGCUUACGCUGUGGAAAAUGAUAAUUUUGGUGGCAGUCGUCGAGUCCUCAUUGCAGCAGAUGACAUUCAGGCAAGAGAAAAGGUGUCACGGCUUUGCAGUGAGAUCGGAUUCGAAUCCGUGACAUAUGGGUCUCUGAAAGCUGCAAGGGAAUUGGAAGCUUAUCCGACAAGAUUAAUGCAAGGCUGGGGGAAAGCAACAGUCUUUAUGCUUGUUGUUUUCUUUGCAUGGAAUAUAUUUGUUGGUGUAAAAUAUGCUUAUUACUACAGUACAUACAACAAAAGCUUCCCAUGGGAGACUAUCCCUCUGCGCUUCAUGAACAAAUCAAUUUGCAUGACAGCUAUUACUUUGCUGGCAUUCUCUUACCUACCAGGUUGCUUAGCUGCAUUUUUACAGAUUUACAACGGCAGUAAAUACAUAAGAUUUCCCAAUUUUUUAGAUCUUUGGCUCAAGUCUCGCAAAAUGCUAGGCUUGUAUGCUUUGCUUUUCAGUUUGUGGCACGUCAUUAUAUCAACAAUAUGUAUGUCUCCUGGAUACUGGGGAGGCUGGUUCCAAUCCACUCGUAUCACUUUACCAGAGAACACAACAGGUUUCACAUUUUACGUCUCCUCUCGAAUGAACUUCCGAGGAGAAGCCAACAUCAGUGCAGGCAUUCUUGCUAUUUUGUGUAUGAUUAUUGUCGGGCUGUCUUCACUGCCUUCUGUUGGCAACAUUUUGAACUGGAAAGAAUGGCGGUUUGUACAGAGUCAUCUGGGUUACAUCACUCUUCUGUUAGCCACUGCCCAUGUGCUCAUCUUCAGUUUUCCUUACUGGAUCAGGAGACCAUCUGGUCUGUGGAAAAGCUCAACAUUUUUGAGUUGUCUGACCCCCAUGAUUACUCUUUUUCUCAAAUUGCUCCUGUUGUUGCCAUGUAUUGGAAACUAUGUUUAUAGAAUACGAUCUGGCUGGGAAAGGAAGAAACCUUCAAAGUCCCUUUUAACAACCAUACACUUGUAAAAGCAGAAAUAACAUUUUAUGAAAUAUCAGUGAAGUGUCAAAGAUGGGAGAGAAUGGCAUAAAAUAUUUUAAUGCCAUUAUAUAUAUCUGUAUGUGUCUGUAUACACGUGUGUGUGUGUGUGUGUGUGUGUGUGUGUGUGUGUGUAUACAUACA